AUGGCGCCCACUGUUGACGGCAUCCCCCUGAACGAGAAUGGCAUUCCCACCUUUGAAGAUCUUCCUCUGCGGAAAUCUGACCCUCAUCACUCGGCCUGGGGCUUAUACGGUGAUCAGGACGAAUUGGGAACCCUUAAUCGACUUACAAACGAGAGAGUUGCAGCAGCGGCACAAUGUGAGAUCAAGACCGGACAAAGAAUCUCUCUAAACUGGCCUCUCAACGCACAACCACGCCGCUCUUUCUUCCAGCGGGCUGUGUUUCACCAGGACUUGUUGGCCAAACCACCAAUGACGGUCAAUGACGAUGUCUGGACUUUCAACUCACAAGUUUCUACGCAGUGGGAUGGACUCCGUCACUUUGGGUUUCAAAAGGAGAAGUUGUUCUAUAAUGGGGUUACAAUGGAGGAUAUCCACGGUGUGGACGAGAAAGGGAAGAAAAGCACAGUUAAUGGAAUUCAAGCAUGGGCUGAACAAGGCAUCGUCGGCCGAGGGGUAUUAGUAGACUACCACAGCUGGAGGAUCUCACAAGGCGAAGAAAAGGUCUACGACUCGUUCGACUCCGUCUCGAUUCCCCUCGAAGACCUGAAAGCUUGCCUAGCAGCCCAGGGGACAGAAGUCAGAUUCGGGGAUAUUCUGUUCAUUCGUUCCGGCUUUAUGGCUUCCUACGCUACUAAAACUGAAUUGCAGCUCUCGGCGCACCAAGACGUGAUGCCGCACAAGUUCGGCGGCGUGCAGCAGAGUGAAGACAUGAUCAAGUGGAUUUGGGAUAACUUCUCAGCUGUAGCCGGAGAUCAGCCCUCCUUCGAGUGCUGGCCCACGCAACAGGACUGGGCGCUGCAUGAGGUCCUCCUAGCCGGUUGGGGAUGUCCCAUUGGCGAGCUGUUCGAUCUCGAGAAGCUGGCUGAGCAGUGUAAGAAAGAGAAGAGGUGGAGCUUCUUCGUGUCAAGCGAGCCGUGUAAUGUGCCCGGCGGUGUUGCCAGUCCACCUAACGUUUUAGCGAUAUUCUAA